CGUGGUAAGUAAUGAGACACGGGUCCCGGGGGUAUUAUUGUGGCUGUGACCCCGAUUAAUACGGUAUAGUUUUGAUCGAGACGUCUAUAUUGGUAAACAACGGCCACAAAAUAGUAAGACAUGUGCAGCAUUUAGAUGGUUGACGCCCUGUAACGAGAACACGUCACGUCGCUAUACCCGUUACUGUGUGAAGUCGUCACAAACACUUCCGCUAAACACAGUGCAUGUAUUCACACCAUAUGGUAUAACAACCGGCAAUGAAUACACUGUUGUGUCAGACAAUAGCCGGAGUCUGGGAAGCACGGAGCCUGUACCGUGGACACGUAAACUGCCUCAUAGGAAAGCCACCAUUGUUAUCACUACGACACAUCAAUAACCGGAACUCCACGUUUACACUGUGACCCAUUGACACCACCUACGUGGAAUGAAACUACCACCAUUAUCAAACGGAUUCCACGUUUCUGCUGUCAUCCCUUAACGUUAAGUGCAGCAUACGUAACUGCCACUAUUGCCAACAGAUCUCUGCUGCGAUCCGUUGCAACUGCAGCUAACUAACUAUCACCAUUAUUAACACAACUCUACUGCGAUCUGUUGACGUCAAUUGCUUCAUAGUCGUAAUACCACCAUUAUCAAACGGAUACCACGUUUCUACCGUGACCCAUCGAAGCUAACUGCCGAAUACGCAACUACCACCAUUAUCAACAGGACUAUACUGUGACCCGCUGAACAGGUGGCCAGUUCCCGAUAUAUCAGCGGACUGAUUUUUAAACUGUGCAGGCUGCGAUAGACGUUGAGACUCGUCGAUUGAUGUCACAGGUGUUGGUCUGUUGGGUGAUUGAAGCACAAUGAUCGUGUAUGUGUGGAAGAAGCGGCGUGUAUUACGUUUAAUGGUGUUUAUCAUGUUUGCACUGUUUUGUUGGAAACUGUACAUAACUAUACCUAAUCUACAACCCGACAGAACUGAUAGCGGUGACCUUUCUCAGAUUGAAAAGAAUGACUUUUCGUCGUUGGAUAGCCACAUUAAAAAGAAGGAACAGAAUUACGGGGGUAUAAGUAAGAACAUUGUCAUCGGUUUGCCCAAAGUGGAAGGCAUCGAAGUUGAUUUGAAUUCAAAGAGAAAAGACAUUGGGGGCAAGAAGGAUACAAAGGAGAUAGUAGAAGACACACUUACAUUUGAAGCUGGUGCUGUUUUUAAGCCUGGAAUAGUGGGUAAUUUUGAGCCACCUAAAUCGGAACGUCGUACUGGGCUUGGUGAAGGCGCGAUACCCGUACAAUUGAAUCCUGCAGAUGAAAAUAAAUACGUGAAAGCAAAACGAGAAUUUGGUUUCAAUAUGGUUAUCAGUGACCAGAUUUCACUUGACAGAACAGUAAAAGAUAUUAGAGAUCCAGAGUGUAAAUACUGGCAUUAUCCGACGGACUUGCCAACAGCAAGUGUUGUGUUAGUGUUCAUUAACGAAGGGUGGUCGACACUAAUGAGAACAGUACAUAGUGUAUUCAAUACGUCACCAUCACAUCUUUUAGCUGAGAUUGUAAUGGUAGAUGACUUCAGUGACAAAGAUCAUUUGAAGAGCAAAUUGGAAGAAUAUAUAAAGCAAGACAGAUUUGAAGGAAAGAUAAAACUUGUAAGAAACGCUAAACGGGAAGGUUUGAUCAGGGCUCGAACCAUUGGUGCUAUAAAUGCUGAAAGGGGCGAAGUUGUCGUGUUUCUGGACGCUCACUGUGAAUGCUCCCCGAAUUGGUUACCUCCGCUAUUAUCACGUAUUAAGCAAAACAGGAAGGCGGUUGUUUGCCCCUUAGUAGAUGCUGUAGAUGCUGAUAAUUUCGGUUAUGCCCCUCAAGCUGAUGGCAUGGCACGAGGCGUUUUCAAUUGGGACUUCUUUUAUAAGCGUAUUCCAAUACCACCCAAAGAGGCGAACAGAAGAGAACGUAACAGUGAACCAUACAGGUCCCCUGUGAUGGCUGGUGGUCUAUUUGCCUUGUCUAGGUCUUUCUUUUUCGACAUUGGUGGUUAUGAUAAUGGACUUGAUAUCUGGGGAGGAGAACAAUACGAAAUUUCUUUCAAGAUUUGGAUGUGUGGCGGUAUCUUAGAGUUUGUACCAUGUUCACGCGUUGGUCAUAUUUAUAGGAGAGGAGGUAUUCCCUAUUCGUAUCCACAGAGUGAUGACGGUAUUUCAAUAGUAAACAAGAAUUAUCUUCGUGUGGCAGAAGUUUGGAUGGACGAGUAUAAAGAAUAUUUCUAUCGUAUGAAACCUGAACUACGUGGAAAACCUUAUGGUGACAUCACAGAGCAGGUGCAAUUCCGCCAAGAACACUGUCCUCAUGAUUUCAAAUGGUUUAUGGACGAAGUAGCGUAUGAUAUUACAGAAAGAUUCCCUCUGAUAUCUAAAAAUAUCGGAUGGGGAGAAGUUAGAGGUGUUGGUUCCUCAAAAUGUGUGGAUAGUAUGGGACGAUCUCCUAGCGGUAAAGUGGCGUUGUAUGGUUGUCAUGGUUAUGGAGGGAGCCAGUUGUUGCGAUUAAAUGAAGGCGGUGAAUUUCGUGUCAACGAGGAGUGUCUGUAUACAGAUGGAUCGACAGUGAAAUUGGAGCGUUGUGUGCCGAGAAAACAAUAUGGCUGGAAUUUCAAUGAGAAUGACUCUAAGAUAACUGUUCAAGACGGUAUGUGUCUUGACCGAACAGAAACUGAGCUGUUUGUAUCCCCAUGUCUGCCUGAUAAAGACACACAAAAAUGGCAAUUCAAUGAAUUGAGUUAACGGUGAUUAAAUAUGCAUACAUUGUUGUUUCAUAUUAAUUGCAAAUUCUCUUGUCUUUUCAAAGUUGCGUCACAACUAAUUUAAAAAUUACAAGUCAUUUUGUCAUCUGCUUUUUAGUUUUGCAAACAAAAUUGCGUCACAGUGCAUUUGGGGGAUUUGUAUUUUAUUUAUGUAGAUUGAUAGGAACAUACUGCUGACUUAAUCACAGAACGUUUAUUUGAAUUGUAUCUUAUUACACAAGUUAUUUGUAUACUGUAUUUUACAUCUUAUCUACAGAGUAAGUACUGUAAAAGGGUUAAUUAUUCACUGGGUUUAAAUUUUGCUGACUGGAAAAUGCGCUAAAUUAAAACCCUGUGAAUAUGUAAAAUUUAGCAUAGAACACAUUAUCUAAAUGAUAAAACUGUGAAUUUAAAACCUACUGAAUAUGCCUGAAAUGGUAAAUCAGCGAAAUUUAAACCCAGUGAAAAAUAGUCAUUUUACAGUAAUUAGAAUGUUGAUGAGAAUAUUUAUGACACAUAUUGUAAUAUUUUAAUCUUUAAAUUAAAAAUGGCU